GAUUAAUAGUUAUUUCAUGUAUAUAAGCUAUAUAUUAAUAAUAUAUAAUCUUUAAACGGCAUUGUUUGCUUCAAUGCUGAAUAUUUUAAAUAUUUGUUGACGCAACUGCAGAUGGUGUUACUAAACCAAGCUGAUAUGGCUCAACAGCCCAAAACAUUGGACAGCUAUGUGGGUUUCGCGAACCUGCCCAACCAACUGUAUAGGAAAUCGGUGAAGCAGGGAUUUGAAUUCACCUUAAUGGUAGUAGGUGAGAGUGGACAAGGAAAAUCAACUUUGAUAAAUUCAUUAUUUUUGACGGAUUUAUAUUCAUCAGAAUAUCCAGGUCCUUCUAUGCGAAUCAAGAAAACAGUCAAGGUUGAAACAACGAGAGUACUUAUAAAAGAAAAUGGAGUGACAUUGAAUUUGACGGUAGUUGAUACGCCAGGUUUCGGAGAUGCCGUUGACAAUAGUGAUUGUUGGCAACCUCUCAUCGGGCACAUAGAGACCAAAUUUGAAGAUUACCUCAAUGCAGAAUCAAGAGUUGACAGAACCAGGGUUGCGGAUAAUCGUGUGCACUGUUGUCUGUAUUUCAUUGCACCAUCAGGGCAUGGAUUGAAGCCACUCGACAUUGAAUUUAUGAAAAGAUUGCACGACAAAGUCAAUAUACUUCCAUUAAUUGCCAAGGCAGAUACAAUGACGCCAGAAGAAUGCAAAAGAUUUAAAAAACAGAUUCUCAAAGAAAUUCAAGAACACAAAAUCAAAUUGUACGAAUUUCCGGAGUGCGAAGAUGAAGAAGAAAACAGAUUAAACAGAAAAUUAAAAGAACGUGUACCAUUUGCAGUCGUCGGCAGCAAUACAGUUUUGGAAAUUAAUGGACGAAGAGUUCGUGGUAGACAAUAUCCAUGGGGCGUUGCAGAAGUUGAAAACAUUGAUCACUGCGACUUCACAGUUCUACGUGAUAUGUUAAUUCGCACCCACAUGCAAGAUCUGAAGGAUGUCACAAAUAACGUACAUUAUGAGAAUUAUAGAAGCAAAAAACUUUCCAUGGUGACGAGUACAUCAACUGGAGGACCAAAACCACCAACGAAGAGUCCGCUACAACAGAUGGAAGAAGAAAAAACAGAGCAUGUCUUAAAAAUGAAGAAAAUGGAGAAAGAGAUGGAAGAUGUCUUCAAAAUGAAAGUACAAGAGAAGAAACAGAAACUGAAAGAUUCAGAAGCAGAUCUCGGACGGCGACAUGAAACUAUGAAAAAGAAGUUGGAAUCUGAAUAUCAUGAUCUUGAUGAACGUCAGCGAGAAUACGAGAAAGAAAAAGCAGAUUUCGAAGCUCAUCAAGCAGCUCUCCUGGAAGAUAGGAAACCAGACAAAAAACAUGGUUUAUUCAAGAAAUAAGUGUUGUCAAAGUGCAUGGAAAUACGGACAAGAAAAAGAAGGCCAAAACCCUCUUCUAAAAAGAAACAUGAAUGGUCGACUCCUUGACAAUGCCACACUUCAUUCAAAAACAAUCGCAGUGGCUCCUCACCUUCUUGCCCACAAGUAUUACCACCACCUUGGACGCUGAAUGAUCACUCCAAGACUACUCCAACGGCCAUCGUUUGUCAUUUUUACGUUAUGUUUCUGACAUUAGGCAAUAUGCCUAUAAUAAGAUUUGUGUUAAUGCACGAAUGCAACUUUAUUGUGCAGAGCUGCACGUCUUUGUUGAUAAAACUAGUUUUUUUUGUUUGGUUUUUUGUUUCUGAUCAACACACUCUUGUUGCUAACUGUAUGGCUGGCAUGGUGUUUGCUUUUUAAUAAGUCGUUUUUGCAUUAGAGAAGCAAAGUAAGCGCCAUUACUGUGUUUCGCUCAAAUUUGGAUUAAGUCGAUCGAUCAAUCACCAGAGUUUGUUCGAAAUCCAAAACAUAAGAUUAUUUUUUUACUCCCGUCACUCUUAUACUAACAAUCAUAUUCCAAAACCUAUUAUAUAUUGGUUAAUUAAAAUGCAGCCAGAUUUAAUUCAGUUACUCUUUAAUGCCUGAUAAUUAGCAGUUAAUGCAAUGCGUACUAACUUAUAAACUGGUGACUUUUGGUUUGUGAUUUUUCAAUGAUUCCAACAUUGAUUCGCUUACCAAGGUAUAACCCAUAAGUGAGCUAUAAUAUACAUGCUGGUUUAUAGUCUUGGUAAGGCUGUUAUAUUAAAAACAUAUGUCCACAAAUACAAUUUGAUUUUGUUCACAAAAAUAAUACCUUGUCAAAUAUUAUUUCAAUAUUCAUUAUUUCUUGCUAAAAAAAUAUUCUGCAAAAACAAUGAAAAGGGGGGUGGUGUGAACUUGCCAAGCCACUUGUUACACCUCCCUGCGAGCUGCAACCACAUUAUUUUCUGAGGUUAUAUUGGUCUUCCAGAUAUUUUCAUACCUCAUGAAUACUAUUUGAUAUUUUGUCUUUAUAUUAUGUACGUAAACAGCUACAGAUCAUUAACAAGAAAGAAGAAAUGGUAAACACUGGAUCAAAUUAACAAAAUACGGUUUUCUACCGGAGAAACAGCAUUCAGGGUUGUGCAAAGUUUGUCAGCAUUUGAGCUAUUCGCACAUAGCAGUCAAAAUUGUGAAUUUAUCAGGCACCACAUUAUCGAUUAUUUUGCAGUUGGUUAUAAUUAUAUGUUAUAUUUUGUUCCUGUAAUCGUUUAUGGUAUAUUCUUUUAUGUCUCAUAUUUUAUUGGAGUAAUCUUUUUAUCAUGCUAUUAAUUGCAUAAUUUUCCAAUGACCAGUCAAAAUUUAGUCACUGACAUUGGAUGUAAAGUCCUGAUUUCUUUGGAUAAAUAGAAUGCAGUUUUUGGUCUUUAACCAAGAGACAUUCUUUCUGGUAUAAACAUUUGGUUAUGAUAUUUCUGAGCUCGAAACUAGUUGGCCACACUUAAUAUUGAGUAUAAUUUCAUUUGGGGCAGUUUUUAGAAUAUCAAGCAGUCGAGUCUACAAUGAUAAUUUUGUAAUUCAGCUCUGAAGACAAAAAAAAACUAAAUUGAGAUUUUAUGUUUUGUAUAUUUGUACACUUCGAAUUAACCAAUAUUUUCGCAUUUAGCACUGAACUUCAAUUGUUCUGGUCUAUAUUGAUUCAUUACUUGUUUGUUGUUUAGUUUGUUUGUUUUAUGUUUACAUUUUUGUGUUUAAGGAAACGUCGUUUUGUGCCAUAUUGCAUUUGCAUAUUGGGAUUAUGUACUUUAUAGUCAGAAUUUUGUGACAGUGACCAGUGGUUUCUAAGACAUACAGAUGUCGGUCAAAUUUGAACUGUUUGUCCAGCCUUAAAUCUUUAAAUCAUUAUUGGGAUCAGUGUACUUAUUAGUAACCUAUUCUAACUGGGCUACCUUGAAAUAAAUUCGUAAUUUCAUAUUGAGGCUAAUGUGUUACAAAUAUUGCCUUGUAACCAUAUCUGACUAUAAAUUAUACAUUUCUAAUGGGUUCUGUGUUAUAUGUUACUGGAUGAAUAGCCGAAUAACCUUACUUGCUCAGUGUUGGUGUAAGAUAUUUAACCUGAGCAAAGAUAUUAUCUUUUUUGUACAUACAGCAUUAUUUAUGAAGUGCAUGCUUAUCAUAACGCAAGCGAAGGUUUAAGGCUUAUUGAGAUUAGAACUGCCAUUAAUUAAUUUUUUUCUCAAUACCAUAGCAUGUCGAUGAUAUUUUUUUUUCCAUUCAUAUUUACGGAUUGUUUGUCAUUUAAUCACAAUAUACUAAUUAAUGAAUGCGUAAAGAUAUUCCUUUUGGGGGUAAAAUUUUGUUGAUAUUGUCUUCAUGGGUUUCUAACAAGAAGUGCAAAGUUUAAUUUAAAAUAAAGAAUUUGAGAAAAUUAGACAUUCCAAAAUAUUGUACUUGUUCCAUAUUAUUAAUUGUAGGGAAAAUGUAGAUCAUUUUCAGAAAUCUUACAAAUCAUAAUUUAUUAAUCUCUGUCUGGCCUUAUAGCAUCACUUUAUUUUCUUGCCACCGACGUCCUCCAUAGGGACAGCUAUACCGCAAUCAAUAUGUUAAGUGAAUAAUUUUGAUUCCUAAUGGCAUGUCGUCUUGAACCGAUUGAUUUUUGUUUGCAUUUAUCUUAUAUUCGUUGUAUACGGCAGCAUUUACAUAACAAAAACAUCAAUAAAAAGACUAAAAUUUCUA